GAGUGGUCCAACCGGUCGAAGCUGCCCUCACCAGCCCAUACCACAAGGAGCUACAGGGGGUGAUUGAGAGACUGAUCCUGAAGGAGCAUCGGUUGGUCUGGAACAGCCUGGCCCGAAGCUGGACCGACAGUGAACGGGUGGUGCUGGAGCAGCUGCACACAGUCCCUUUUGUCCUCGCCUCCACCGACAAAGCGGCAGGAGGGGUAAGCGUGGAAUUGCCCCUCCAGGCGAUUGACCUGCCCCUGGAGACCGUCUACGAACGCUUCCAGCAGACCUCCCAUGGCUUCAAAGACCUCCUCAGCCACUACCUCAGCGGGGAGAAGCCCAAGGGCUUCCUGGAGACGGAAGAGAUGCUCUUGGUAGGCAGCAGCCUGACCGGCAUCGGCGAGCUGGCCCAGCGCCCGGACGGUACCCUCUGCUUGCAGCCCCCUUCGAACGGAGCCGGCUAUUUCCUGUGCCUGGAGGAUUGGCAGACCUUGCUAUCCGGUCUGCAGUCGGCCAGCAGCUUCUGGAAAUGGACAGCCUUGGUGUGCGGCUUGGUGGCUGCGGUGGUUAUCCUAAGGUCCCUUUGUCGAGCCUACCGGAUCCGCCAGCUGAAUCGGGAGCGGGAGGAGCAACGGCAGGAAUUUGAAGAGUACCUGAGGAAUCACCAGGACGAAGAGCUGCCCGCCAACGCCUGCGUGGUGUGCUUGAGCAACCCGCGCGAGUGCGUCCUGCUUCCCUGUGGCCACAUCUGCUUGUGCUUCCAUUGUUUCCAGGCCUUGCCCAACUCUUCCUGCCCCAUCUGCCGGGCUGACAUAGACCGUGCGGUUCCCCUCUAUCAGGCCUAGGGAGGGGGGUGGCCUCCUCCCCACUCAGCUGCCCCUUGCGGCAAGCAAUUAGGACCCUGCUGUUCACAAUGGUUAUAUACUGGAGCAGUGUCUCAACUUUGGCAACUUUUAAAACAAGUGGACUU